CAUGUCAUUAAAGUGACAGCAGAGGCUCUGUAAACAACAGCAAGGACCUUAAUAAAAACAGGAGGAUUUUUUUUCCAUUUAUAUAUUUAUUUUAGACUUAUAGUUAAGUUAGCGCAUACUUACAACAACCAAGAUGUGUUCUUUUCCAAAUGCAUUGGUACUUUUAAGUUAACAUUUUCCUGACGACUAUUUUGUAAUUUUCAAGAAUGGACGGCGAGGGCCCCCAGACACUGUGUGACCUCUGCGUGGCUCAGGUGUGCUGCAGAUUAGAUGCUUUGUGCAGGAAGCGAGCAGACGGUUCAAUGAGCCUCAUCUGGGCCUCCCUGUUCCCACAGGAACUGGCCGACCAACUGCUUCAAAAGAUGGCAACUCAAGGAACGCUGAAUGACACAACUGUUGGGAUUUUCCGAAACAGCGAGAAGCUCCGCCUGCGCAGAGCCUCCAUCCGCCGCUGUAAGGUGUCCGCCGAGGCUUUCCGCCUGGCCCUCUGCCCUCACCGGCUCCUGGAGUUAGACGCCUCCUGGGUCCCCGGGGGUCUGACGGGCGCUGACGUCAUCUCGGGCCUGGCCUCUAACCCUGAGUGCAGGGCCAGUCUGCAGAAGUUGGCCCUUGAUGGCCUGAGUCUGAAUUGGGGGUCUCUGGAGGGGGAUGGCGGGGUCUCUGUUGGCUUUGGCUCCCUGCAGGGCCUUAGGACCGUCCAGCUCGUGAACACAGAUCUAACUGAUGAUAUCCUUGAGGAUAUCUGUUCUCUCCCACAGCUGGAGACUCUGGAUAUCUCCCGUAGCACAGUGUCCAAACUCAACGCGCUCCUUCAGUGUAAAAGCACCAUUCGGUCCCUGAUUGCCCACCGGCUGCAUCGGCUGGACAUGUCUCCUGUCAGGCUGCUCUCCGUCUUUACCCAACUUCACGCUCUCAGACAUUUGGACUUCUCAGAUGACCACCUCGCUGGUGACGACAACGAGAGGAGAGACGCGGACGAGUCAGUGAGGCAGCUUCUGGAGGGGAGUCAUCAGGGUCUCCCCUUGCUGGUUUCUUUAGACGUUUCGGGGAGGAAGACAAUCGGCGACUCUGCGCUCAGAGGCUUUGUGGAGUCCAGAAGUGAGCUGGUCUUUCUAGGACUGCUUGCCACUGGACUUAGCUCCUGUCCUGUUCUUUCUUCUCAGAGAAACCUGAAAGUAACUGGAGAAGCUAAUGAGAAGCAGCUCUGCGAGGCACUCAGAAGGUACAGAGAGAGGGAGUGUUUCGUACGAGAGGCCCUUGUCCAUCUCUACGGUCUGACCACCGACACUGACAAACCGCAGCCAGACACGCUGAAGCUAGUGGUGGAGGCCAUGCUGAGCCACCCCGAGUCCCCGCAUGUCCACCUGGUGGCCACGGCGUGUGUGUUCAACCUGACCACUCAGGACCUGGCAGAGGCCGUGCCUGUCAGCCUGAUGAGCCGCACGGUCUCCCAGCUGCUGCACGCCAUGAGGACCUUCCCCAACCACCAGCAGGUGCAGAAGAACUGUCUGAUGGCUCUCUGCAGUGAUUACAUCCUGCAGGACGUUCCUUUUGACAAGUAUUUAGCGGCCAUGCUGGUGAUUAAAUGGCUGAGCGACCACGAGGAGCCGGCCCUGCAGAGGAUGGCGGUGGCCGUCAUCUCCAUUCUGGUGGCCAAGCUGUCCAAAGAGGAGACGGCUCAGCUCAGCAAGGACGUCUCAUUUAUGAAGCAGCUGCUGGCUGUCGUGCAGCAGAAAGCCAUGCUGGGAGUCAUAGACUCCACUCUGAAGUUCGCCCUGAGCGCUCUGUGGAACCUGACCGAUGAGACGCCCACAGCCGCCCGCAACUUCAUCGAGUGCCAGGGCCUGGAGCUCUACGAGGAGGUUCUGGAGUCCUACUACGGUGAACCGUCUAUUCAACAGAAGGUCCUCGGCCUUUUGAACAAUAUAGCAGAGGUGGAGGAGCUCCAGUCUGAGCUGAUGGAUGAGGAGCUGCUGGAACACAUCCUGGGUCUCCUGCAGGACUCCCAGCUGGAGGUGGGAGUCCGUUACUUUGCAGGAGGGAUUCUGGCCCAGCUGGCCUCCAGGGCAGAGGCCUGGACUCUGGACGAUGAGCUCCGUAGCACCAUCCUGGAGCAGCUGCAUGAAUCAAUAGUGGCAUGGCCCCAUCUGGAGCAAGAGAUGGUGUCUUACAGGUCAUUCCGUCCAUUUUAUCCUCUGCUUCAGACUUGCCAGCCCUCGGGAGUCCAGCUGUGGGCAGUGUGGGCUAUACACCUUGUCUGCAGUCAAAACGCUUCACAUUACAGCGGCAUGCUGGACAAGGAGGGCCUGGCUGAGCUUCUGAAAGCUUUGGACGCACAUCCUGACACACACGGCGAUGUUAAAAGGGUUUCCCAGCACAUCAUGCUCAUGGUGCAGGAACAUCAGGGUCACCCAGAGGUGACCAAUGUCAAGACGGAGCCUGGAAAGUCUUAACAAAAGUAGAUUAAAAAUACUUUUUAUUGGAUUUAAUGUGUGGUGGCCGAGAUGUUACAAAGAAAACAAAAGCUGUAGUUCAGAACAGUAGUGAUGACUUGUUAAAUAAACCGUCAUGAAAAAAAUAGUUUGUAUUUAAUUGAGAUUCUAUGUGAAAGAUCUGUGCUAAUUGAGACGUAAUUAUGGAAAAGCAUAUA